UAGACUUCAAAGGCCUGUACUUACAUAUGUAGUUAAAGCUAAUUCAUUUUAGGUACUCAUCCCUCCCGUUGAUUCCAAAUCAUACUCUACUCUACUCCACGUCAAACUUAUCAUACCCUCUUCAACUACUUUAACUACAAUCCCAUCUACAAAAAAUAUAUAUAACUACAUACUACCUACCUACUUCGUACUAUCUACUUUAAAGUAGAUACAGACCUAAAUACAUCAUCUAUCUCAUGCGAUUACCACCUUUCUCCCAUUUGCUUCGUGCUUUUUACAACUACUCUAGCUUGAACUUUACUCGACUUCGUCCUUCAGUUACUCAAUCACUACAGCCCAAAUCAGCCACCCUUCGAUCUAUGCCAACUAUUCCAUUCAUCAGCAGUCUAUUCAGCUCUAGCUCCAACUCUCAGAAAAAGAUGUCCUAUCCAGACGAGAGAAGCCCUGAUGAGUGGCGUGCCGUUCUAAGUAAAGAACAAUUCAAAGUUCUGAGAGAAAAAGGCACUGAAAGGCCAUUUUCUGGAAAGUACGACCAAUUUUUCUCUGACUCAGGGGUAUAUACAUGUGCAGGCUGUGAUGCCCCCCUGUACAAGGCAAACCACAAGUUCAAAUCCGGCUGCGGUUGGCCGGCCUACUUUGACAAUAUCCCUGGAGCUGUUACAAGACAUGAGGAUAGCACGUUCGGCAUGGCUAGAAUUGAAAUUUGUUGUGCUAAUUGUGGUGGUCACCUUGGUCACGUCUUCAAGGGGGAGGGAUACUCGACGCCCACUGAUGAGAGGCACUGUGUUAACAGCGUUAGCUUAAACUUUUCCCCAGAAGACAAGCCCGUACAGAAAGAAAACGAUAACAAGGCCUGAAAUAAACAAAGUUAACCGGCCGAGCCUCUCGACAUUCUUUUACUAGGUAGUGAAUAUACCAAGCAGAGAAGACAUCUUAGAUAAGCUCAGUUAUCUGAUGUCUGUGAAUAUCCAUUA